AUGGACGCGCCGGGGGACCCCGAGGGCCCGCGCCCACCAGGAGGUGAAGGCUCUGCAGAAAGUGCACGAGAGACACCCAGGAGGCUUUCCAGAGAACAGCUUUCUGUACUGAUAUCGGCAGCUUCGAUGAACUUAGGUUCCAUGAUGUGCUAUUCUAUCCUUGGACCCUUUUUCCCCAAGGAAGCUGAAAAGAAGGGUGCCAGCAAUACCAUUAUCGGUAUGAUCUUCGGGUGUUAUGCUUUGUUUGAGUUGCUAGCAUCUUUGGUAUUUGGAAAAUAUGUCGUACAUAUUGGAACAAAAUUUAUGUUUGUAGCAGGAAUGUUUGUCUCGGGAGGAGUUACAAUUCUCUUUGGUGUACUGGACCAAGUUUCAGAAGGACCAACAUUUAUUGCUAUGUGUUUUCUAGUGAGAGUAAUGGAUGCAGUGAGCUUUGCUGCAGCAAUAACUGCGUCAUCUUCUAUCCUCGCAAAGGCUUUUCCAAAUAACGUGGCUACAGUAUUGGGAAGUCUUGAGAUUUUUUCUGGACUGGGAUUGGUACUAGGUCCUCCUUUAGGUGGCUUUUUGUAUCAAUCCUUUGGCUAUGAGGUGCCUUUUAUUAUUUUGGGAUGUAUAUUUCUGCUGAUGGUUCCACUCAACAUGUGUAUUUUACCCAGUUAUGAAUCUGAUGCAGGUGAACACUCGUUCUGGAAACUUAUCACUUUACCCAAGAUUGGCCUUAUAGCCUUUGUCAUCAACUCACUCAGUGCAUGUUUUGGCUUCCUUGAUCCUACUUUGUCUCUGUUUGUCUUGGAGAAGUUUAAUUUACCAGCUGGAUAUGUGGGACUGGUAUUCCUGGGUUUGGCAGUAUCCUAUGCCAUUUCUUCACCACUAUUUGGUCUACUGAGUGACAAAAUGCCGCAUCUAAGGAAAUGGCUUCUGGUUUUUGGAAACUUAAUUACAGCAGGGUGCUACAUGCUCUUAGGACCUGUCCCUGUCUUGCACAUUAAAAGUCAGCUCUGGCUGUUGGUACUAGCUUUAGUGGUAAGCGGCAUCUCUGCUGGAAUGAGUGUGAUUCCAACUUUCCCAGAGAUUCUCAGUUGUGCAUAUGAAAAUGGAUUCGAAGAAGGAUUAAGUACAUUGGGACUUGUCUCAGGUCUUUUUAGUGCAAUGUGGUCAGUUGGUGCUUUUAUAGGACCAACACUGGGUGGAUUUCUGCUUGAGAAAAUUGGUUUUGAAUGGGCAGCAGCAAUACAAGGUCUGUGGGCUCUAAUAAGUGGAUUAGCGAUGGGCUUGUUUUAUUUACUGGAGCACUCAAGGAGAAGAAGAAGAUCUAAACCUCAAAACAUCCUUAGCUCAGAGGAGGAGCGAACUGUUCUCUUGCCUAAUGAAAUCUAG